CUAUAGACCUCUCUGACUCUGGAAUUGACAAAGAUUGUCCUCACAGAGAGCAAGUGUACCCUGUACUCUGUACUCGCUCGGAGCAAUGCUCUGGAGUGUUGAUGUGCUCCAGAAACGGUAAUCAUGCCAGCCACAGUGUGGAUUAACUGUGGCACAAUAUCUGCACCUGACAUGUCACGUGCUGUUGAUAGACCGUUGUUUUAUCACGUGAAAUGGUUGUCGUGCCAACUGUCCGCGCUAGUCCGCAUUGGGCGAACCACAACACCUCAACCGCCAGACAACAACAACAACAACACCACUUCAUCUUUUUCUCUCUCUUCUUUCCCUCUCAUUCCCCAGAGUUUCCCCUCCUCAUCCUCUCUAUCCUCCCUUCUCUCCUUGGCCAUUGUCGCCUUGGUCUCGUGUAUCUUUAUACCUCCUUCUCCCCAAACAGUCAACCCCCAUUGCUUCCCCUCCGCGGCAUCGAUUUUUGAUAGCUGUGAUAGCAAAGCAACAACAAGUCAAUUCUUUUGUUUUUGGAAUAUUAGCAACAGAUCAUGACUGUUUAGCUUUGGAACGGGUAUACGAUUUAGUGUUGUCUUCUGCGAUCCUAUUCUUUCGA